CAGAUGUUCCUCCAGCACAGCGAGCUCGGCAGCCAGAGUGUGAGAGAGAGGCGGACAGCAGCCAUGGCGGGCGUCACCACGCUCUGUGUCAUCGCUCUUCUACUCGCCGAGACCCACGCCUGGGGAUUUAAGGGCGGCAUACUGCACAACUCCAUCUGGCUCGAGCAGGCAGCUGGAGUUUAUCACCGGGAGUCACGCAAGGGGAAGUACCAGCUGACGUACAAGGAGGCCAAGGCCGUGUGCAAGUACGAGGGUGGCAAGCUGGCCACGUACGAGCAGCUGGAGGUGGCCCGCAGCAUAGGUUUCCACGUGUGUGCGGCCGGGUGGUUCGACAACGGCCGAGUGGGAUACCCGAUCGUGAAGCCGAGCCCGAACUGCGGAUUUGGGAAAGUUGGCCUCAUCGACUACGGCUACCGGCUCAACAAAAGCGAGAAGUGGGAUGUCUACUGCUACAACCCCAACGGCAAGCAGUGCGGAGGGGUGCUGACUGACCCCAGGCGGGUCAUAAAAUCUCCGGGGUACCCAGACGAGUACGAGGAUGAGCAGAUCUGCUACUGGCACAUCCGGGUGCGCUACGGGCAGCGAGUCCACCUCAGGUUCUUAGACUUCGACGUGGAGGAUGACAUGGCCUGCCUGGCGGACUACCUGGAGGUGUUUGACAGCUACGAUGACAUCAAUGGCUUUGUGGGAAGAUUCUGUGGUGAUGAGCUGCCUGAAGACAUCUUGAGCACAGGCAACGUGAUGACACUGAAGUUCUUGUCGGACUCUUCGGUGACCGCCGGUGGCUUUCAGCUGGAGUACACAACCAUGGAUGGCUCAUCGCUGGCAAAUCACACGGACACGUCGACCCCAGGGGGCUUGUAACGGGGCACUCGGUGACAUCAGAGUCCGACGUCAUGGCCGGACCUCCGUAGUUAGGACAUCGCCUGCCAUCUCCCGCCUCACUGUCUGUGGAUGUUAACCCUGCGUGUGCCAAUGACUCGGUGGGCCUGACAGACGAGGUAACAGCAGACACGAAAGGCACUAUAUAAAGUAGACUUUGAUGACCCACCGUCUACGUCACCCAAUGGAUCGACCAGCUCUGGGGGUUGCGCCAUGUUGUAAGGUCACAGUUAAAAACUCGAAUGUUCGCUCUUUUAUUUGAUGCCAUUUUGUUAAAAGCGUUCAAAAAAUGUGUUGAUGGCUUUUGGGUUCACCCUGGUGGCUCUGGUGACAUGAAGCAGGAUACCAGUCAGCCACCCAACACACGUCCAUCUCCACACACCCCGAUUAGACAUGACGUCCAUUUUGUGAUCCCUAGCAAUCUGGGAUGCCGAGAGCUGGAGCCUCUCCCAGCAUGCAAUGCAGUUAAACAGGGCGAGGCGCUAUAUACAAAUCAGAGAAAGAGCGGGCAUAGCAAAUAUGGAGUGAAAAUUCACAAAUUUGAAAGGGGCUACAUUACUAAGACAGACAAUAGGAAAGGCACUAUAUAAUGGAUAUGAAUUACUCCGGGAGAUCCUGAACAUCUAAGAAACAUGAAAGGCGCUAUAUUACAGCUAGAUAGAUAUGAAUGGCACUACAGUAUAUACCCAAUAAAUGAAAGGCACUGUGUGAUAGUAGAUAUAAAAGACCCCCAAAUGAAAGGCGCCAUACUAGUGGUCAGCCCAGCCUGAAAUUCGUACCCGAGUGACAUGAAGCACAAGACCACCUCUCCAGGCCAUGCCAAGCAGGGUGGCAUCGGAGUGCAGAACUUCAAGCUGAUUCACAGACCAGUCCAGCCGGCCUGCCCCCGGGUGGCACUUGAAGCCCCUGGCCCAUCACAGCACAGCCGCUUAACCCUUACCAUGCUUUCCAAAUUAAUGGCUCCCUGGAUCCACUGAGCGGGGCAACUUUGGACACUGCGGCUCAUAUGAAAGGCGCCAUAUUGUAGGUAGACGUGAAAAGUUCACACGGCAGACGGCGUCUUUCAUGACCUGUUCGUGUAACCUGCGAUGGUCUCAUUCACGUGUGCCGGUGGGCAUGCGGUAGACUGGCAUUCUGUCCUCACACAUGGUGCUGCCAGGAAAGCCACCCCCCCCCCCAAACCAUGAGACCCCAAACUGGAAAAAGUAGGUGUGAGAAAGUUAUAAGAAUAAAGCCAUGAGGCCCAUAACUGGUGACACUAGUGGCACAUAAGUCACAUGCCAAAGGUCAUAUUUUUGUGAUUUUAAUAAGGCAUAAGAGGGGCUACUCAACACAAAACAGUCCAAACGUGGCAUGGUGGUCUGGCUGGUAAGUCCGAACUUCACCAGAUCCUGUAACGUCGGGACGAGAAUUCCUAGGGACAUCGGGGGGGCUUUGUGUAAUCAACAUGUGAGCUGACAUGACAGAGCUGAAGAUGGUGACACAGCAACAGCACCCGUCUAAGGAGGGCAUCAGUGGCUAUUUGGCUCGUUUGUGUCGUCACCGUCACCCACUUUAUGUCUGUCUGCAGUCAGCUGAUGCUCUGUGAUGGACAACAGCAAUGGGAGUGUGGAGGACAUCAGUGGGCCGAACGAAAGCGGAGGACUUCGGAGCUCUAAGUCCAAAGUAAUGAGCCCACCAUACGAAGAAGACGCCGAAAAAAAUGAAACAAGUGAACGCUGUGAUGUCAGCCGGGUGGGCGCCGUGUCAACGAAAUGUACACCGGGAAUUAAAAACCCACUUCAGUGUC